AUGGACAAUCGCUUUUCUUUCAGAUUAUACGAACAACUUGAGCAUACUGUGAAUGCCAGCAGCCGAGAUGAAUCUUAUCAAGAAAAUCCAUUAAAUAUCCUGCAUCUUUUACACAGAUAUCUUCAUAAGUGGCCUCUAGUGUUAGAAAAUGUAUUUUGUGACUGUUGUUUGACAACUGAUCCGGAACGAGAUUUCUCUUCUGCUUAUAACAAGUUUAAAGAAGAAUGUCAUGAUUGGCCAAUAGAAUAUGAUUUACAGGGAGCUGUUCGAUCUUUGUUGCGUCUUCGAACGACUUACGUAUUGGAUAUUGAUAAACUUAUCACUGGCGAAAUACACGAAGAAAAAACAGAAGCGUUGCCCUGGGAUUUGCUGGAAUUAAUUCUUAUCGAGACUGAAGCAUUAGAAAUGUUGGAUGAGACAAUACAAUGGUGCGACUCAAUAUUGAAUUAUUUUCAAAAUACUUUGACGGAGGAUAGCAACAGAUUUCGUAUAUCCAUCAUCCAAAUCAAAGCCAGAAUAUACCAUAAGGCAUCUUUUACCAGAAAUGCAGCAAAGAUACUUGAGGAAUUCAAGGAAGAAGGACCGUUAUCUGUUAAGGAGGAUUACCAACUGUACGUAAAAGAGUCCACAGAUAACGUAGAAAAUUCAGAUGAGGUUGUAUCUGUUAAUGAUUGGCCGCUCCACAAACGCGAAAUAGAUAAUCAUGAAAAACAGUUAUGUAGAGGGAAACAGAAGAAGUCUCAUCAAGAAUCUUCGCAGUUGCAUUGUUAUUAUAGUAAAACAAGGAUACCUUAUUUCAAAGCCAAAGCAGAAGAAAUGAAUAAGGAUCCUAAAAUAUUUGUUUUCCAUGACGUUAUUUAUGAACACGAAAUGGCUAUGCUAAAGAGGGAAGCCUCUAAAACGUUUGAACGUUCUGGAUUACAAAUAUAUGGGAAAGGUAUAGAUAAUUCAGACGACAUUCGUCUGAGCUACACUGGAUGGGUUUGGUCGACAGAUUCAACUUCAAGAAGACUGGAUCACCGCAUUCAACUUCUUACAGGGUUAGACACAACAGAUAGAUCUUUAUUAAGCAGUUCAGAACCAUAUCAGGUUGUCAACUAUGGAAUAGGUGGAUUCUUCAAUGUACACAUAGACAAUUUGUACAAUCCCAUAUGGGGUCCACCGCAGGACGAAGAUCAUGAAAGUGUUCGAGGAUCCGGAGAUAGAAUUGCAACAUGGAUACUUUAUAUGAAUGACGUAAGAGAAGGAGGAGCUACCAUUUUCCCCGAACUCAACACAAGAAUCCCUGUUGAAAAAGGAGCUGCUGCAUUUUGGUAUAAUCUUCUUCCAAAUGGAGAAAUAGACCCACGACUAGAACACGGAGGAUGCCCAGUAUUACUUGGAUCUAAAUGGAUUAGUAAUAAAUGGAUUCGUGAGGAAGGCCAGAUGUUCAGACGUCCUUGCAGGUUACAAUACAAUGCGACUAUAUAA